AUGAUAAAAUUUUUAUUUAUAUUAAUUUUUAUAAUUCCUAUAUGUUUUAUAAAAAAUAUAUUUUGAAUGGUUCAAAUAAUAUUAUUUUUAUUAAUAUUUUUAUUUAUAAAUUUAGGUAUAAGAUUAAAUUUAUUUUGUAAUUUUAGAUAUAUAUUAUCUUGUGAUAUUAUAUCUUAUGGUUUAAUUAUAUUAAGAAUUUGAAUUUCAGUUUUGAUAAUUAUAGCAAGAGAAAAUUUAUAUAAAAUAAAUUUUUUUUUAAAUUUUUUUUUGUUUAAUAUUAUUUUUUUAUUAAUUAUAUUAUAUUUAACUUUUAGUACUAUAAAUAUAUUUUUAUUUUAUUUAUUCUUUGAAGGUAGAUUAAUUCCUACUUUAAUAUUAAUUAUUGGUUGAGGGUAUCAACCUGAACGUAUUCAAGCAGGAAUAUAUUUAUUAUUUUAUACUUUAUUUGUAUCUUUACCUUUAUUAAUAGGAAUUUUUUAUUUAUAUAAUGAAAUACAAAGUAUAAUAAUUUAUUUUUUAAAAUUUAUAAAUUUAAAUAUUUAUAUAUUAUAUUUUAGUAUGAUUAUAGCUUUUUUAGUUAAAAUACCUAUAUAUUUUGUUCAUUUAUGAUUACCAAAAGCUCAUGUAGAAGCUCCAGUAUCUGGUUCUAUAAUUUUAGCAGGGAUUAUAUUAAAAUUAGGAGGAUAUGGUUUAUUACGUUUAAUAAUUUUUCUUCAAGAAAUUAAUUUAAAAUUAAAUUAUAUUUGAAUUGUAAUUAGAUUAAUUGGAGGAUUUUAUAUUAGUUUGAAAUGUUUUUCUCAAAUUGAUAUUAAAUCUUUAAUUGCUUAUUCUUCUGUAGCUCAUAUAAGAAUUGUGAUUAGAGGUAUUAUAGUAAUAAAUUAUUGAGGAUUUAUUGGAUCUUAUAUUUUAAUAAUUGGGCAUGGAUUAUGUUCUUCUGGAAUAUUUUGUUUAGCUAAUAUUAGUUAUGAACGAUUACAUAGACGAAGUUUAUACAUUAAUAAGGGUAUAAUGAAUUUUAUACCUUCAAUAAGAUUAUGAUGAUUUUUACUAAUAUCUUCUAAUAUAGCUGCUCCUCCCAGUUUAAAUUUAAUAGGGGAAAUUAGUUUAAUUAAUAGAUUAAUAAGAUGAUCUUGGGUUUCAAUAUUUAUGUUAAUAAUAAUUUCUUUUUUUAGAGCUGGUUAUAGAUUAUAUUUAUAUUCUUUUGUUCAGCAUGGUAAAUAUUAUUCAGGAGUUUAUAGAUAUUAUACGGGAGUUUCUCGUGAAUAUUUAAUAUUAAUUUUACAUUGAUUACCUUUAAAUAUUUUAAUUAUAAAAAUUGAUUAUAGAAUAAUUUGAUUUU